GUUCUCUCGUCCCUGCACAGCAGUUGAUCCCAUUUUUUCGAUCAACAAGAUCUUUUAGUUUUUCAUUGUACACAAAAAAGGUGCUGAAUCCUUUCUCUUGAUAUUUGACAGUCUUGAGGCAUUUUGGUGAUUGGGCAAAGCGGAAAUCACAUGUAGGCAACUAGUACAACGUAAGUGUGUGAUAGUGCGACUAGUAGUUUCAUCAUUUUAUUCUAUACAGUCUUUGUCAGUACCGUACUAGUGUCACCUGAUUGAACGAGGAAAGAUCGACCUUCAUACCUCUAUAAAGCUCCACUAGUAAAAAACUAAAACCACGAAAAUGACCCACCUGGCCCCAAAAUGGAAGGCCGAGGAGGACCAGCAAACCCUGUUCUUCGGCAACAUUGAUCAGUCCGUCAAGAGAGACGACCUACAACACGCCCUCUUAUCAAAUGUAAAAAUGUCUGGGUCUGGAAGAGUGCAAACUUGUGAUGCGCAUUUCAGGACACAGAAAAAUCUCUCAUGCAUAGGUAGCCAAAGCUGCUCAGUUUCUGCCACCAAACUGGGGGAUUUGUCAUGCGGAUUCGGCAUUGCGAAAGUUUCUCGAAAACUGUGAUGCUACUGCUCCCAUACCAGACCUUCUGUGUCAUGCAAGAACAGCAUGACUCUUGCAGACCCAGACACUUUUACCAUCCAUACCUCUACGAGCUCUGCAACCCGUUCGGGGAAAUUUUUUCCAUCGUGAUCAACAAGAAGCGGAUCACGACCAAGACGAUCGGGAAAAACGCGGUUACCGGGAAACAGUACGACAAACCACAACAAUUGAUGAAGACCAUCGCCUUCGUUUGCUUCGACGAUUACAUGAACGCAAAUCAGGCGAAAGCGAGGCUUAUGAAAUGCAAAAGCAUCGCACUAGUAUAAAUCGCAUGACAAAUUUCCUCACCGUGAGAAAUAAAAUUUGUAAUGCGGAUUUAACUUGAGGAAGAAAUUUGUAAUGCAUGAAUGCGAUUAGUACGACUACGAUACUUUUGCACAGGAUAAGGCUCCACGGCUUCCCGUUUUUCGGGCGGGAUUUGUACUAUGAACUGCAAAAGUAUCGCACUGGUAUAAAUGCAUUACAAAUUUCCUCAGCAUGAGAAACGAGAUUUGUAAUGCAGAUUUGCCUUGGGGCCAAGAUUUGUAAUGCAAGACUUGCAUUUAUACGAGUGCGAUGCUUUUGCACAGGAUAUGUACGUGCAGUUUGCGAAGUCGAAAUCCAUCGAGGCAUAUGCAUUGCAAAUAUCGAUCUGGGUCUGGAAGGAUGUUGCAAUCAACUUGUGAUGCGCAGUUCACAGCAAAGGAAAAUCUCUCAUGCAUGGACAGCAAUAAAGCAUGCCCAUUUCUUGUGACCGAAAGGACAGGGGAUCUACUCUCAUGCGGAUCAGGCAUAAUUGGGAAGCCUUCUUAAGAUUUGUGAUGCUAGACCCGUAUAAUUCCAGACCUUCUGGGGCAUCCAAAACCUGCAUGACAAACCUUCCAUUCAUCUUCCAGACCCAGAUAUAUUUGCAGCUGAUAAUGCAAUGAUCAAAGAGGGAAAGAUUGAAAUGAUUGGCGCUUCGGCGAAAAGACAGAAAGUGGCGGAAUCCGCGAACUCAGCGAAGCAAAUCACGAUCAAAAACAAGGCAGCGGUGCAGUUGAGUGGGCAAGCAGGAUUUUUGGCAGGAACAAAAACGAUGAGCGGACAGGACGUAUUCAUAUUCUAGCUUUUUUGAGCAUAAUGUGUCUUUUUUCGUGAUAGGAGAGGGUUUCUGCAGCAGCUUGCCGCUUAAGUAGAAAACGCAUCUCUGAUGCAGCAUGUAAAUAGUAACCGUACAUCCCGUAUGUGCAAAAUAAAACUCCCAGGUUGGCGACCCAACCUGCACGCUGAUCAUCGACAAUUUAACCGAGUUUUUGACCGAGGAAAUUAUGCGACCACUGUUCGAGCAGUACCCUGGAUUGGAGGAACUUCAGGUCUUCACGACGCAAAAGCGCAUGAAGGUGGAAUUCAGGCACGAAGACCACGCGAAGCGCUGUUUGCAAGAGUUGCAGGGCUUCAACGUGGACGGGCGGACGUUUUUGAGCAUUGUGUACGGGAUGUAGUAAUGGCGGUGGUGGUCAACAAGAAGCGGAAGAAGUAGAAGGUGCUCUGGAAGAACAGACCCUGUACGCAUACCUGCUGAAGAUCUUGAGGAACAUCUUUCACAGGUGGACGCAAUUACCUUUCGCUCGCAGUAGUAAGCACUUACCCCGCGCUGUUUGAUCACACAAGUAGAGGAUCUACAGGAGAACCACGAGGAGGAACACGAUUUCACCUGACGUGUCAGCAUCUUUAAAAAAAAACCAACACGAAAACAAGAAUAGCUCAGCAAGCCGGAGGACCAAACGAGGAACAAACGCACGGUAGUUCCUUCACGACGGCACGAA